GAUAAGAUCAGAGAACAGUGGCCACCAGAUUCUCACACAACUGCUGUUCUUCUCAGCCGAGGUUUAGUCAACCCCGAGAAUGUCACCUUGGCCAGCUACUCCAUCGUCAUAGCUCCUGACCAUCUCCCCCCCUCCUCCUCUUCUUCUUCCUUCGCCGAUUGAUCCGAACCCUUUUGCUUCGCCGUCAUGGGCAGCAGCGAGGACCCCAACAAACCCGUUUCCCCCUAUGACCCCUCCUCCUCGCCUUCUCAUUCACAGCCUCUGCUCUCCAAACCUCCUCCUUUUCCUUCUCCGAUCGAUGAACCGCCCCGCAGCGAAUCCGACCCGACCCAGUAUCUCCAAAUCUGUUACAAUCAUGGUCCUCGCUCCUUCAAGGACAUACCUUUCUUAAUCCUCUUCCUUCUCCUCGUUCUCUGCACCUUCGGUUUCGGCAUCUUCGCCGUCUUUCAUCGGAAUUCCAACUAUUCCACUGUCUCGUCUUACACUUACAAUUAUAAUUCUUCCUCCUGCGUGAAGGAUUCCCUGUCAUCUGCCAAUUGGGAUCUCUUAAAUUCCUCGGCUUCGCAUGUUCCGGAGGAUUUGAUAUGGACCCUUGUUGCCACCUUGGUCCUGAGCGUGCCCAUGUGCUUCGGCCUUCUUUUGUUACUCAAGCAUUACACCAAACAGAUUGUGUACGUUUCCCUCCCAUUCUUCAUCGUUGUCCCCAUUUUCUUGAACGUGUAUUGGUUUGUUGCUUGCACUGUCAGCUCCACUUGUAGCGAUGCGUUUCCGCUGGCAUACAGAAUUCUAGUGCUCGUGUUCGUCUUCUUAAUUAUUGGGGUGAUUGUGUGGAUCUUCGUGAUUAAUUGGCAUCGGAUUGAGCUCACUAUAAGAAUAAUUGGGGUUGCUUCCGACGCGCUUUCGAAGAAUUUGGGUUUGUUUGUGGCGCUACCCUGUUUGACUUUGGGAUUGAUUAUAUAUUAUGCUCCAAUCGUCGUGUUUUUGGUAUUUGCGAGAUUUAAUGGUGAUAUUGUGGCAAAAGUAUCGAGUGGUAAAUAUACUUGCGUUUGGAAGCAAGAUAGCUGGGUGCCCGCUUAUUUUGCAUUGGCAAUUCUCACCAUGUUGUGGUCCGCCACAAUUAUGGUAGAGACAAAAGUUUAUGUGAUCAGUGGCACAAUUGCGCAGUGGUAUUUCUCCAAGGCGGAUGAAGCUCCAAGAAAGAGUAUAAGAAGUUCUCUGAGAAAUGCAUUUGGUCCUUCAUCUGGCACCAUAUGUUUGUCAGGUUUGCUUAUCUGUGUUGUCCGGAUGGUGCGGGCUGCUGUUGACAGUGCAAGACGUGAGGAGGCAUCUGGGAUAGUGAACCUUGUAUUAAGAUGUUGUGUGAAUGCCUUGCUGACUGCGGUAGAUUUUCUUAAUAAGUUUACCAUCAACUUUGCUGCAAUAACUGGUGAAGCAUACUGCUCAUCUGCAAGGAUGACAUAUGAACUUCUGAGACGGAAUCUUCUCUCAACUGUUUUUGUGGAGACCAUCUCAUCCCGUCUCUUGGUUGGAAUUGUCUUCGUCCUCUCAGCAAUAUACACAAUUGUGGUCUGUGCAAUCUUACAAGCCGUGAGCGAUCUCGGAGCUUAUUCGUAUCUUGUGGCUGCUCUGGCUUGGUUGCUGUUGUUAUUAGUUCUGGGUUUCUUCGUGCAUGUACUCGACAACGUGGUUGAAGCUGUUUAUGUGUGCUAUGCCAUAGACAGGGACAAAGGAGAGGUUUGUAAACAGGAGGUCCAUGAGGUGUAUGUUCACCUACCUAUUAGCAGAGGUCAAAGACAAUCUCUUCCUACAAGAACAAUUGGCGUGUAAAUAAAUCCUCGGGCUUCACAAUCACAAUUGCUUGUCUGCCUAUUGUGCAUAUGUCUCGAGUCUUUCUUAUCCCAUUCUCUGAUUAGAUAACUUAUUAUGCACAAUAAGGCCGAAUUUCCUGUUAACUUGGGAGUUGGCCUCCGAAUGUCAUUGUAGCCUGGAUGAUGUAUUAUGGGGUAGUGGUAGGAGUUGACCCUCCGAGAAAUUUUUGUCCAUUAUUAAGACUUGGUUUAUAGCUUUUUUAAUUCCCAAGAUUCCCCAUGAUUUUCUCUUUUUUAAGUUGGUGUUCUUCUAGUGAUUGAACUGGUUACAAGCUGUAUGAUUAUUAUCUCUUUAUAUGAUCUGAAAAGGUUAAAAGUUUCAUUUUUGAU